CAUUUGUUUAUUUACCUGUGAUCUCACCUUUUAGUAAUGAAGUUAAAGUCCGUGUUUAAAGUGAGGUACGAUAUAUUAAAUGUAGGCCAUUUUCAUUUUACUGUCGUAUUGUGCAAACAUUCAGGAGUGUGUGGAUAAAACGAGGUACUACACAAGAACCUUCAGCAGCAUGAUGUCCAGAGGAUCCAAGCUCAAUGACUUACUGACUCAUUAACAUCGGUUUGGUGUGAACACCCUGAAGUUUCACCCCGAGUUUCACACACACAAACACGUGCGUCAGCAGGCAACGAUGGAACCAAGUUCUAUAUUGAUACUAGUGAUAGGAAUAGUUGUCGUUGCUGCCCUUCUCCUGUUUGCAAUUUGCUAUUGUCGUAUGAAUCAAAGAAAACUACAACGUUACAUGAGCCCAGCUAAGAAAGAAGUAACGAAUGAAGAUGACGAUCACGGAACUGUAGAACUGGCCAUAACAAAGGCAUUCACCGACGAAGAGUUUUGUUGGUCAAGACAAGGUUCAUCUGAAGGUUUCACAAUAGAAGAUGCCAACACUAUAGUCCUCAUCACUCACCAGUUUACAGGAACUCAUGCCGCUCGUUCAAACCUCGGAUUCCUCCGCGGACGCCAUGUUUGGGAAAUCACAUGGCCACGAGAUUGUCGAGAUAAUCACUCCAGCAUCGGAGUUGGUACCUACCAAGCCCCAUUGUACAAUCGAGGAUUAUUGGAUUUGGUUGGAUUCAAUAUUCAGUCCUGGGGCUGGAACAUAAAAAACUUAAAUCUUAUACAUAACAAUAGAACCAUCAAAAAAUACCCUGACCUCCAAGGACAGGAACCAAACAUCCCCGAUCAACUUAUUGUAUCCCUCGAUAUGGAGAAAGGGACGUUGUCAUUUGGAAGUUAUCAGUCGAGUUACGGUGUUGCCUUCAAGGGCCUCGGUGGAGGACGAUUACCUUUAUUUCCAAUGAUCAGUACAACGUCAUUGGAUGUCAGAGUCGCGAUUAGAUAUAUUGGUUCAGCGUGUCUCUCCCAUCAAGCUACAGUACCUUCAAAUCACAAUGAAAUGACAUCGGGGAAUAUAACUGCUUAUACAACACAUAAAGCUGUCAAUCGAACCCCUAAUGCAAAGUUUGAACCUAGCAUUACGCCUGGCUCAAUAAUGAAAUCAAUAAGACGUUCUUUCAAAAGAAAAAAGAAAUACCCCCAAUCACCGGCUAAUACACCCGUGUCUACUAUCGGUGACGUUUCGAGCUAUCAGAUGAGACGAGAUCCACGAAGACACUUGUAUCAGCGUGACACAACGACGACAUUGAACCUCAAUCCACCACGAUACAAUCAGUAUUCCCCUAAGCAAUACCCGGAGACAGUUUCUGUUGCUGAAAUUCAUGCUCAAAAUCAAAGAGAUCAUCGAACAUCAAACCCACAAAGAGGUCAGGAAAAUGCUGUUUUCUACAAUGAGCACAACCAUAAUAGAGAUGUGCCUACACCCCGAUCUGCUGAUAGAGCCCAAGGAAUAUCACCGAGGUAUGACGCCCCUAGAUACCCCGAAAGUAUAGACACAUUUGACAAACAGACUAUAAAAUAUAAUGCGGGUGGACGUACACAUCAUAUGAUACACGAAGGCGACUCCGCGUUUGAUGAACAAAGGAAUCCAUCGAGACCAACGAGUAGAGCGAAACAUGAAAGACAGUCACCCGACUAUAGGGACCAUCAUACCAUCGAACAACAGAGUCACAAAUCUGGAUUAAGUGGACAUAAUAACAACACAGGGCCAGGUGACCCCAUUCGACCAAGUCGUAGAAACGACACACUAACAAGGUACUCAAACGAUACAUCAAGAUCUGAGAGCGCUAAUUCAUACACAAAUUCCUCUUAUAAAACAAAUUAUUCAUCAAGACAAUACGGCAAUCACGGUCAACGAGAAGUUAACAGCUCCUCACCAUCAUACACGCAAAGUGAUUAUUCAGAGUCAAAAGGUGCUUUGAGACCAGUUGUCAACAGGAGUAAUCAAUACGAACCAUCAUUAGACAACAGUUAUAGAUCCCAGCCUGUACUUGUCCUAUCAAAACCUCUUCGCUGA